CGAGAGGGAGGGAGGGAGGAUCAAAGUUCCACUUAAUACAACCAUGCACGAGGGAAGUCACCACGUGGAUUGGCACGUGUAAGCAGAAAGCAGUAUCGUUGUAGCUUCCAACUUAUAUAAAUUUAAACUAAUGGAACCAGAAGGGAGAAGAGGAGAUAAUUAAAAAUGGCAGAACCAGGUGGUCGUAGCGGUAGAGGCGGAGUCGGGGCUUGCAACCAGAGCUGCGGUUGUGCCGUUCCCUGCCCCGGUGGAAACGCUUGUAGGUGCUCAACUGCAGCGGCAGCGGGAGGGGAGACUGCGUAUAAUUGGAGAUGCCCGUGCGGGGAGCAUUGUGACUGUAACCCGUGCACGUGUCCCAGAACGGAGGUCGGAGUCGGGAAGGGUAACUGCAGGUGUGGAGCGGAUUGUCGAUGUGAAGUUUGCCGGUGUGAAUCGUGAGAGUUCGAGAAUGAAACGUUGUCGUGUUAGCUUUGGGUUGUGUAAUGAACUAUGGUGAUGUAAGGUUUGGCGAGAGACUAAAGAUAAUUCAAUAAAACUCAACUUCUACUCUGUACUC